AUGGGUCGCUCCUCAAACCUCAGCCUGGGGUCCGUCCUUAGCGUCCUCUUCCUUCUUUUCGCCCAGCUCUCGUCCGCACUGAAAUUCGACCUGUUCGCCAGCACGGGGAACAACGAGCGAUGUAUACGUAACUUCGUCUUCAAGGAUCAAUUGGUUGUGGUGACCGCUAUUGUGGGCGGGCAGAAGGGUGAUGGGCAGGUUGUCAAUAUGCAUAUCAAGGAUGCGCUCGGCAACGACCACGGCCGGCCCAGAGAUAUCGCAGGCGAGACUCGGCAGGCGUUCACCUCUGUCGCGGACACGGCGUUCGAUGUCUGCUUUGAGAACAAGCUCGUUUCUCACCACGGCCACUCCAACCUCUUCGAAUCCAUCGAGCUCGACGUUGAAAUCGGCGCCGACGCCCGCGACUGGUCCAGCAUCCAGGCCCAGGAGAAGCUCAAGCCCGUCGAGACCGACCUCCGCCGCAUCGAGGAGAUGGUCGCGGAGAUCGUCAAUGAGAUGGAGUAUCUGCGCGCCCGGGAACAGAAGCUGCGCGACACCAACGAGAGCACCAACGAGCGGGUCAAGUGGUUCGCCUUCGGUACGAUGGGCAUGUUGAUUGGGCUCGGCGUGUGGCAGGUCAUAUACCUCAGGGCUUACUUCCGGUCGAAGCAUCUUAUCUGA